CCCUCACCUCAUCAGUCGUCAGUUCGUCACUCUCAGUCUCUGGGUCUUUCACCUCGUCGCUCUCUCGGUCUCUCACCGUGCCCCUGCGUUCGCUUCGUCGGAACCAGUGAAGCAGCAUCUGCUCCCUCGGGUGGUGGUGGUGGUCGUCUUCUCAACCAGGUGCAAGUUUUCAGGCCCAAUUUGAAUUCCUAUAACUAUGAAUAUUGAUUUUUUCAAGCGUGACAUUGAUGAACUAAUUGGUGAAUUCACUCAGAAUGAGUCAACUACUUUGGCUGAUAUGAAGAGAGUAUGGCUUUCUAAGAAGUUCUCCUACAUUUAUGAAUCUAGUCCUGCUAGCAACCUUGCCUUCUUCAUGCAAUCUCUGUAUGCUCAAUGUAUAGACCUGAAAGAAAUUCCACAAGUAGAAGUCACAAAUGUAAAAUGUUACAUGUGUGGUACUGCUUCUUUAUCACAUAGAUUGGGCGGCCUUUAUUGCCUCUACUGUCUUUAUGAGACUCAACCAUUUAAACCUCCUUUCAAAGUCUAUCUAUCCCUUGGAGAGGUAAAGAAACUCAGAACCCUUGUGGUGGAUGCAAAAGCAAAUGAUAUUAAAGUGGUACCUCCUUUGGUAAAAAGAAUGCUGGGUAGAAACAUGUUCCUUUUUGGUGCUGUUGACUUAACGGAGGAUUCCGUCAGAGAGACGGUUAACGAACUACAACAAUUGCAGAAUGCUCGUAUCAAAAUUGCAUAUGAAAAAUUAUUUCAUAGCACACCAAUUGACAACUAUGUUCACAUGGACCUUGGUAUGGAAGUUGACCUUGGAAAGCUGCAGAAAAUGUCAUCCGAAUAUGCCCAGGCCAAGAAUGUAGCCAUUGCAGAAGCAAGUAAUGUUUUAGAUGUUACAAACAUAAAGCACCUAUCAGAAGAUAAGGAACUGAUAGGAGAUGUUGUGAAAAAGAUCACUGACGACUGGAACGAGCAGAAAGAAAAUUUUUAUAAACAAACUGGAUGCGGAGAGGAUGAAAUGGAUGACCAGGAGCUGCAACAACUACUUCUGGACGACAACGAGGAUAAUGAAGAUUGAACUAUUGAAGGCAAACAUUUGAGCUGGAGUUCCUGAAUAAUAUGUGGAAUUCAUGCUUUACAGGGUAAUUAUGGCCUUAUAGGCCCUUUUGUUUUUUCUUCCCAUCUAAUCCACUUUGGUAUCAAUGAUAUGUUCUGUUCUUCCCUUGUUGCCUUGUUAGCUAUUUAUUGGAGGUAGAAGCUAAGCUGCAAAGGGCAUAGGGUUAUAAUUUACAGGAAAAGUUCACCAUAAUAUACAUAUAUGUGUAAAUAUUAGCAUGAGGAUAUGUCAAAAUUUCUGAAAUUUGAGAGCCAAAAA